AUGUUCUCGAAGAAGAGUCUGAUCAUCUUCAAAUUCAUACACAUCGUUUCAUUCCUAGUGGGCUUGGCCCCCUACAGCAUCAAGAUUUUGCCUCGAUCCUCUAAACAAUCCGGAUUUAACUUCAGAAUCACAUACUCUGGACUGGGAUGUGCUUACAAUAUUUUAUUGAUAUUCAUAUUCACUGGAGUAACUCUCAUUAUCACACCAUAUUUGAUAGAAUGGCAGCAUUUUGACCGCUCAGUGUUUAUGAUGAUUGUAGUCGCAGUUACCACACUCGGGAAUAUAUUUUCAACAAUAGUCAUUUUUUAUUACACUCUUCAUCAACAACAGAGUGUUGCUAUUGGAAGUCAACUCAGUGAAUUUGAUGAAAAAUUUAGGAGUAAAUUCUGCAAUCUGCUUAAGAAUGGCAGCACAAAUCGACUUGCAAAUGUCGAAUCUUGGCUAACAAUUUUCUUAUAUUUAUUUUUAUGGUGUGGAGUUAUUACUACCUCCAUAGGCAUUCAGCAAUCACCACCGAGUAUUGCAAGUUUCUUCUGUGCUUUGAUUCUGACUUCGGUUCUUAUGCAAUACAGUUCCGUUAUUGACAAUUUAAGAAGAAGAUUCAAGAAUCUGAAUGAGGUUCUUCAGACAGUUUUUAAAUGUCCAAUUCCGAGUCUCGAGGGUGUCCUUUUGGUCGGGAAUGUCUCAAACAAUCGUUUGGUUCAUAAUAAUUUCACAACAUUUAAACAAACGCGGAAUAAGUUGUACAAAAUCUCUUGUCUCAUCGCCGAAUUUUAUUCAUUUCCAAUUUUAUUGACAGUAUUUUACAGUUUUUGUAGUAUUAUUACUACUUGUUACUAUUUUCUCAUGACCAUUGCGCAAGUAGAGAGAUUUACACUGGACACUCUGACUCUCAAUACUAUAUUCUGGUUUUUUCUGUGUACAUAUCCUACUGUUGCGUUGAGUAGAAGUGUGAGAAUAUUCAAUAAGGAGAUGCAUAAAACAGCAGAUGUUAUUUACGAUGUCAUGGAAAUGUACGCGCCCAACGGAGAAAUAGAGUAUCAGUUGACCAAUUUCGCAGUUGAACAAAUACACAAGAGAGUCGAAUUCACAGCGUGCGGAAUCUUCUCUUUGGAUUGUACACUUCUGCAUUCGAUGUUUGGAGCCUUUGUGACGUACUUACUGAUUAUGUUGCAGUUUAAACCAAAAGAGGUUAUGCAAAAUUAG